AUGGAGGAGGCGUGGAAAAGCGUCGUCGCGGCGCGCACGCGAGGCGCUAUUGACGAUGCGACGCGGUCGUAUCACGCGCUGGCGCGCGCGAUCGAACGCGAGGAACGAGGCUUUGAGGAUUUCAGCGGGUCGUGCUCGAGCGCGCUCCGACGCGAGUACGCCGGGCUGAAGGCGAUCGAUGACAUGCCGUUCAAGCCUGAGUGGCGGCGGUCGAUCGUUGACAUCGCCGUGGGGGAGCAGAUGUACGUCAGCGCACUGUGCGAGCAAGCGGGAGCGAUGCGGGUGAUGCGCGCGUGCGGGUUGGGGUGCCGAAUGCGAAACGCGCAAAAAUGUUCAAUCCUUCCGUUCGAUGAUGCGACGAAAGAUUUGUAUUGCAACGUGCUGAGCGAGAUCGCGUUUGAGGGUCGGUCGUACGUGCAAGCGAUGGAGGCGAGGCGAGAUAACGAACACUUGCUCGGGCCGACGGCGGAAUUGGACAUGCGGCGGCUGAAGACGUACGCGAUGGGCGCGCUUUGCUCGUUACUCGUCACGGAUACCGCGGCGAGCGAUAACAUACGAAACGGGGUGAUGGAGAGUUUGUUGAUACCGCUCGUGCGGUUGAUCUGUCGCGGUGGCGAAGACAUGCCCGCGUGGGAAAUUUCUUGCGAGGACACGUUGCGUUUAGCCGAGGACGCCGGCGAAGGUUGCUCGAGCGGACUCGAUGCGGGCGAUCACGACGAUCUUCAUCGCUCGUUAAUGCAAGCGCGCUUGACGUGUGUGGGAGCAAUAGGCGAUUAUGUUGAGUGUUUUGCAGAGGCACUCAAGCACGGUGUCCUCGAACUCUCUCUGCGUCUCGUCGCGGGACCCCGCGAAAACGGGUGGCUUGAGAAGUACGGCUUCAAGCGGCACCACGGAGAAACUUCGGCUUGGCCUGGAGAUCCUCAACUAUCCGAAGCGCUCUCUAUCGUCAGUGCGUUUCUGGCGCAUCGGAAGUUUGCGAUUUCUUUCAUUGACGCCGGUGGCGCAAAGUUGUUGCUAAACAUUCCCAGAGGGCCUAUGACGUACUACAAUUUGACGCGCUGCCUAUUCGGUAUCGCGAGCAUCACCACGGCGCUCGAACGUCUCGUGUCGCCGCAGGUGGACUUGGCACGACGAUAUGUGAAAGUAUCGCUCGAGCUUUUGGAUUGCAGCAACGAGUACGCGCGUCGUCAAGCCGCAUUGUUCCUGACGUUUGCCAUGCAAAUCCCCGUCGUCGUCGUGGCGUUUGACGCGGAGGCUGGCCUCAAGCUCGUCCUUGACGUCCUUCGGACGUUGGCAGUGAUGGUUGUAGACGUAGAUAAGGUGCGCCCAUCGAUGUCUCCGAACGAGAUUUCGCAGGCGAAAGAGACUGGAGAUCACGUGAGCUUGUUGCUUAGACAGUACAUGCGCGCGCAUUUUGCGCAACACGUCAAAGCGAUCGAAGAAAAGGUGAUGGGCAAAUCGAAGAAGAGUACGAGCACCAAUAAUCGUGCGAUGCUACAAGCGAUGGAUAUCGGAUACGAUGCGACGGAGCGACUAUUUAGCUUAGUGAGUCGCCAAAAGCGCAUCGCCGCCGUCAUGCAAACCAAGUCGUGGCUCGUCAUAGAAGCCUUCGUGGCGCAAAAAGGGCCGAAGGUGAUGCUCGACUUGCUCACUUUGGCUCCGGGUGAAAAAACUCUUCGCGAGUGCGUUUUGGGAUCUUUAAGCGUUUUAAAGAUUGUGACGUCACAUCCCACUGGAAGAGUGCACACGGCAAAGGCGCAAUUUGAUGAAUAUUACUCUUCUGGGUACGUUCUCAUAGAUGUCGUCGAGAAUGCGGCAGAGGCGGUCGACACUGAAGCCGUGGUCGAGGCUUUGAAAGUCGUUUGCAAUCUCGUUUCUCCCCCUUACGCCUUGCAUAGUACCGAUGCUAAAUCACAGAGUGGGAAGUUACAGCGCUCUCACAGCAUCGAUGGCAAGUCGUUCUCAGUUUUUGACUACGCGCGAAUGGAGGAAACGUUUGAGGCGGGGCGGAAACAUAUCCGAGAGGCUUUUGGCGUUAAGUCUUUGCUCAACCUGCUGUUUAAAACGUCGAAGACGUUACCUCAGCCGUCUAUGAACAUAUCUAGAGCACUUUGUUGUCGUGCCUUGCUCGGGUUAUCUCGCGAUGCGUCAAUCGCAAACACUCUACAGACGCUGCAAAUAGCGCGGCAUCUUUCAGAGCUUUUGCGCGAGACGGGGACGACGCAACACUCCGCGUUUGACGAACUAGCGAUCGUGGACUCGAAGCGCGAAAACGGUACAGCUGCUACGGUUCAGGCUGCCGCCACAGAGUUUCAUCGAUGCGCCGUGGAGCUCAUCGCGGCAACCGCAGGGUUUGCAAACGUCAAAGCGACGACGCCCGCGGUGGCGUCCGACGCUGCGGCGCCGCCUCUGGCGAAACUCGAACGACACUUGAUUGCAGCUGCAACUAAAGUUCGAUAUCCGCACAACGAGCUUUUACAAAUAAUGCAUGAGCAUCUCGUCGCGGCUGGCUUGACGAGUACCGCGGCUUCGCUCGUGGACGAGGCGGGGAUGGAGCGCCCGGGUCGCAGCGCGAGUGUAGGUCGUUUGUGUCCUUCGCCUGCGCCGCGCCUCAAGCUAAAUUUCAAGAGCAAGACAGCUCGCACAAAGAUGUAUCGGCGUGCACCACGAUCGAGAAUGACUGGUGCGGCACGCGGUAUGCUCGGGAUUGCGGGCGAACCGUUCACUCUUGGGCUCGAGCAAGGCUCCACUCAAGCGCCGCCGCGCAAAGGGCCACGGCGUGGAGAAUCAAGUCGAGCCAGCAAACUUUCACCCGCAGUGGUCACAACUUCGGUCAAUUCGGUCAAAACGAGCAAACCAGGAGCAAAUGGUAUUGUUGUUACUCCUUGCAGCACACGACGAGGCAAAAAGCGAAAAACUAACGGAGAAGAAAUACGGAAAUCUCUUAUCACACCACCCAUUGCAGUUGGUGCAACAGAACGCGCCUGCUGUGCGAAUGAACACCAAACACCAUCGCCAAGCGUGAAGGAGCGCGUUCACAAAGAGUUUCCUACACCCGGUGUGUUGGUCUCCGAUGCACCACGCGGUGAAACGGGUUGUGGCGUGCGUUCGCGAUUAGAUUCUAUUCUGACGCAAUACCUCCGAGCUCAGCAUCGGCAGUGCGCCGCGCCGAUUACGGCGUGCGCUCCCUUCUCUUUGCUUGCGCCGCAUCAGUGUCCUCAGCCAAAACGUAUUCUUGAAGCACCGCGAAACUUGACGGCUCGUCUUCGCCAGCGUGAGUGGGCUAACGUGACUGGCUGGGAUGCCGGCAUGCGUCGAGCUGAUCGACACUUUGUGUACAGCAGAUUCAGACCGCUGCGCGCGAUUCGGGGCAAUGAUUGCUUAUUCACCGCCGCGUCUUUCUUGUAUGGCGUGCCGGAACAAAUCAUCAUCGGUGACAAUGACGGCGAGCUUCAUCUGUACGACCACAUAUCUGGAGAGCUCUUGGAAAUAGCCGCCACGCCAGGGAGGGUCAGUGGCGCCAUUCGCAAGAUUGCGGCGGCUGGUCCGCUGUGCCCGACACCGUUAUUCGCCGUUACGUCGGUGGAAAGCUGCUCAAUUUGGAGCCUCCCGAAUCCAGACGAUGCGCCCUACAUGCUUUGGUGCUCUGGUCACUCUGGGUGCGCCAUAAACUCCACGGGCUCUCAAUUUGUCAGCGGUAGCCUCGAAUCAGUCGUCGAGCUCGCGGACAUGGAAACACAUCGCGUUACACGCAGGCUCACCUCGAACACUGGCGGCCCUCCGUUAUUGACGAAAAACAACGACGAAGUUUCAUUUUCUCCAAGCGACGACUUGAUUUUGUGGGAUGAAGUACUCUGGGAUGUACGAUUGGCGAAUGAUAAGCCAAUUCGACGAUUCGACCGUUAUUCAGAGGCUGCGGGCGCGUGUUUCCAUCCGGGAGGAAACGAAAUCAUUAUCGGGCGGGAAGUGUGGGACAUUCGGUCAUCACGCUUGCUCCGCGUGGUGCCUUCACUCGACCGUGCAGCGCUAAAGUUCAACCUCACCGGCACCGUGGGUAUGGCGCACAUUUUACACCCUAGAAACGAGCCACCGCUUUCAUCCUUGCGCAAGUGUCAUCAUCCGUACAAGCAUUCUUUUUGUACCAUCGACAUGCUCGAUUAUUCAGAUAUUUGCACUGUCGACGUUCCUUCGGGCAUGAUUGACGCCGCGUGGGAUGUGAAUUCCGACACUCUUUGCGCUACGGUGGAGUAUGAUAUCUUGAACACACACGAGUCAACCGUGCGUCUGCACGAAGUUGGGAGACUACGACCAGCCGAUGACGAAUCAGACGUCGAAGACGAGCACGAAGAGAUCGAGCCCAUGGUUUUGAACAUGGACCACGAUGGAUGGGAAGAAGAUUAUUCGGACGAAGACUCGGAAGAACGCAUUGAGGAUGCAGACGGUCGGGUAAACAUCAACGAAGCGCGCAUUCGGCAUCAAAUUAACAGUCUACGCGAGAUGGUGCGCGAGGCUGAGGUCGAUUGGGUGCGUUACGACGACGACGGCGAAGGCGUGCACUCGGGAGACGACGAUUCCAGCGAAUACGACUCUGACUUCAUCGAUAGCGACAGUGACGACGCGGAAGAUGAUCUUCAUUUCGGCCGAGCACUACUCCGCCGCGCUCUACACGGUCGUAGACCCGCGGUUACGCGGUACGACGACGACGACGACGAAGACGAAUAUGAGACAGACGACGACGACGAAUAUGAGACAGACGACGGCGACGACGAAGAGAGCGAAUACGAAACGGACGACGGCUGA